AUGACCGAAAGAUUGAGACGUCUGCAUGUAAUCAAGAACGCAACUCGUCAAGGAGUUGUGAUACCUUUCAAUCAGUCGUCUUUGACCGAACUCAAAAAUGAUAUCGCCGAUGAGCUGAGAAUGAAUCGAGUUAACUUUUUAUUCAACCCCCAUGGAUGUGAGAUCAUUGACUUUGACCUUAUUCGGGAUGAUGAUGUUCUUAUUGCUUCUGCUAGCCAGCACUUUGAAAAGCCAGGAAAAAAGAAACCUGCAGAGACUGCCAUGUACACACUUUUGAAAGAAGUGCUCAAGAUGGCUUUGAAAAUGCUUAUCGAUACAGUCAGAGGACCUCUUCUCGCCCAGAUUGCUUCCGCAUGA